AGGGCUGGUGUUGGUACGACAUAGUGAGGCGGUGUAUGUUCCUGUGAGGAGAGAAGGAGGCGCUGUUGGGCCGAGCUGUCAGGGCCGGAGCUGAGGGGGCGGGUGUAUUUACAUGAAGGGCCUGGAAGAGGCGUGAGAGCGGAGGGUGACCCUGGAGAGAGAUAGCGAAGGGCUUGGAAGGAGGAGCCGGGGAGGUGUCCAUGCGCAUCGGGUGGGAGUCCCGGACAAUCUCACAGGAGCGGAGGCCAGAGGAGCGGACGCAUUAGGGGAGCGCCUGAUAGAAACAUUAUUUGGGCAUCUCAGUGCCGGAGCAUCGCUGCAGCCUUGGGACUGAUCUGGGCAGAUUAGCAUCCUGCUAUGAAUGGUGAUUCCAGUGCAGAGGUGGUGACCACACCACCCCCAACCAAUCCCCCUCACAAGGAGAAAUACUUUGACAGAGUUGAUGAAAACAGCCCUGAGUAUCUGCGAGAGAGGAACAUGGCUCCAGACCUUCGCCAGGAUUUCAACAUGAUGGAGCAAAAGAAAAGGGUCUCCAUGAUACUGCAAAGUCCUGCAUUUUGUGAUGAACUUGAAACUUUGAUCCAGGACCAAUUUAAGAAAGGCAAAAAUCCUACGGGUUUAUUAGCAUUACAGCAGAUUGCUGAUAUUAUGACCACAGGUGUACCAAAUGUCUACCCUUCAGCUCCUCAAGGUGGAAUGGCAGCUCUAAACCUGAGCCUUGGAAUGGUGACGCCUGUGAAUGACCUUAGGGGUUCGGAUUCUAUUGCUUACGAAAAGGGAGAAAAGCUCCUGCGCUGUAAACUUGCAGCAUUUUAUAGAUUAGCAGAUUUGUUUGGAUGGUCACAGCUAAUCUACAAUCAUAUUACAGUCAGAGUAAAUUCAGAACAGGAACACUUCUUGAUUGUUCCCUUUGGACUACUGUACAGUGAAGUGACUGCAUCAAGUCUGGUGAAGAUCAAUCUGCAAGGAGAGUUGGUAGAUCGUGGCAGCACAAACCUGGGAGUAAAUAAAGCUGGCUUUACGUUGCACUCUGCAAUUUACGCGGCACGGCCUGAUGUAAAAUGUAUUGUACAUAUACAUACACCAGCUGGGGCAGCAGUGUCUGCAAUGAAAUGUGGUCUGUUGCCACUUUCUCCAGAAGCCCUUUUGUUGGGUGAAGUAGCUUAUCAUGACUACCAUGGCAUUUUGGUAGAUGAAGAAGAAAAAGUACUAAUUCAAAAAAACUUGGGACCAAAAAGCAAAGUGCUCAUUCUACGAAAUCAUGGUUUGGUGACAAUGGGUGAAACUGUAGAGGAAGCAUUUUAUUAUAUACACAAUCUGAUGUCUGCUUGUGAAAUUCAGGUACGCACACUAGCCAGUGCAGGAGGCCCAGACAAUUUGGUACUGUUAGACCCUGCAAAAUAUAAAAAAUCUCGUUCACCAGAAGCUCCAAGUGGGGAAGGAAGUGGACUUCAUCCAAAGUGGCUUGUUGGGGAACAGGAAUUUGAGGCACUCAUGCGAAUGCUGGAUAACUUGGGUUACAGAACUGGCUAUCCCUACCGAUGUCCAGCCCUGCGAGAGAAGGCCAAAAAGUACAGUGAUGUUGAAAUCCCUGCUAGUGUUACUGGAUACUCCUUAGGAAAUGAUGGUGGCUCAGGCACUUGUUCACCUCUCAGGCACAGUUUUCAGAAACAGCAGCGUGAGAAGACCAAGUGGCUGAACUCUGGUAGAGCAGAUGAUACAUCAGAAGAUGGGCAGAACGGUGGCAGCCCAAAGUCGAAGACUAAGGUGUGGACGAACAUUACACACGAUCACGUGAAACCCUUGCUGCAGUCUCUCUCGUCCGGUGUCUGCGUGCCAAGCUGUAUUACCAACUGCUUGUGGACUAAAGAGGAUGGAAUGAAAUCUGCCACCUCUGCAGUCCCAAACAUGUUUGUUCCAUUGAACACAGACCCCAAGGAAGUCCAAGAGAUGAGGAACAAGAUAAGGGACCAGAAUUUGCAAGACAUUAAAACUGCUGGACCUCAGUCGCAAGUUUUGUGUGGAGUUGUUGUGGACAGGAGCGUUGUGCAGAGAUUGUCUGUGUAUAAGGAUGCGCCUCUUUCAGACUGUUCGGAAACUAUUGAAGGGCUCGAUCUUACAGAGCAGACCUUUAGUCCUGCUAAAACCCUCUCAGUUAGAAAGGGAGAGCUGGUGACUGCAUCCAAAGCUAUCAUUGAGAAGGAAUAUCAGCCCAAAAUGAUUGUCAGCACCACUGGCCCAAACCCAUUCAACAAAUUCUCAGACCGAGAACUGGAAGAGUAUCGCAAGGAAAUUGAACGGAAACAGAAGGACACUGAAGAUGACUUGUCCCAGACUGCUGUGCAGAAGACGUCCCUACAAGAAGUUUCCAUUCACGGGCCAAAUGGAGAAGCUGUAAAGUCCCAAAGUGAGGCAGAAGGCACUGAGCAGAUACAAACAUCUCUAGCUGAAGUCAAUGGUGAGGAACCUAUAGCUGCGUCAGAACACGAUCACUCUGAGUUACCUAUUACAGGGGUCUUAAAUGCAGAAGUAAAGCCAGAAGAGAUUCUUUCACCCCAUAAGGAAUUCCAUUCAGCCGUCAUCCGUGCCCUUAACUUCAGCUCUGACUUCAUAGCUAGUACCACAGAACAAUUAGAAGAGCCGGCAGAUGAGAAGGAAGCGCCAGCUGAACACAUUCGCACACCCCCAAGCACACCCAUUAAACCAGAAGAAUCGCAGCAGGAGCAAACCUACAAAGAUGACAGUGAUGCUGCAACGUUCAAGCAAACGCUCCCAGACCUCACCCCAGACGAGCCAUCUGAGGAACUGGCCACCCCAAUUUCAGCAAAAGAAGGGGAUGAACAAAGUGUUCCUUGUGACAGAGACAUAACUAAGCUCCCUACAGAAUCCGCCCCUGAAGAGAAGGAAGAGGCGGAGCCCCAGCCCAAAGACACACCCACUGAGGAGCCUGUGCAGGCAGACCCCGCCCCUGCGGAUGCAUCCCUAGUAGAUGCCGGUAGCGAUGAAUCCCCAGGCAAAUCUCCUUCCAAAAAGAAAAAGAAAUUCCGUACCCCUUCCUUCCUGAAAAAGAACAAAAAGAAGAGCGAGUCGUGAGGAUGUGCAGGCGCACUGUCAUGUUUCUGAGGGUCUGCUCGUAGCCGCUACAUUGUACCCCAUUGUAUCUCUCAUUAUAUAAAGGAAUGCAACUGAA